AGCGCGCGCGCCUCCGCUGGGCACAUCUGGCGCUCGUGCGCGCUGAUGCGUCAUUGCGCGGGGGGCGGCGCGUCACGGCUCGGGGUGAUUCCCCGCGUUUAUAAGCGCAGGAGUUUCUCAGUGCGUCACAGCGAGCCAGAGCGCCAGGAUCCCCCGGCCCGGUUCCAGAGAGCCAGGAGCUUCCCGGAGCAACGCGGGCCGCCGCACUUUGGUUCCUUCGCUCCUGGACGGGACGUGGAAGCUGGACCUGAGCGAAGUGUUUGCGCGCCGGGAGGAGCAGCGAGCCAGCAGCAGCUGGAGGAGAUUUAUGGAGGAGGGAUCGCACCGGUCCGCUGCCGCGCUCACACUUUAAACUGCUUUCUCCACAGAGGACGAGAUGAAAUCCGCAGAAGAAGAUGCGUUCGGCUUCACGCCGAACAUCAGCCUCUCGCUGCCACUGGGCAACGCCUGCCUGCCCUCGCAGUACCACGGCCUCCAGUCCAGCCCCAACAUCUCCGUCUCCGUCACCGAGCCUCAAGCCUUCGACUCCCAGGACGAGCUGAGAGCGGCCGGCUUCUACUCAACCGUGCGUCCGAACGGCGCCCCCACGCUGGAGAGCCCCCGCAUCGAGAUCACGGCCUACGGUCAGUUUCCGGAGGACGAGGUGCAGGAGAGCAGCCUCCCCAUGGCCAAGCGGGUCAACUCCAUAGUGACGCUGUCCCUCCCCAGCGCCGACGGUUACCGUGACCCCAGCUGCUUGAGCCCGGCCAGCAGCGUCUCGUCCCGCAGCGGCCUCUCCGACGCCUCCUACGAGUCCAGCUUCUCCUACAACUACGACAACUCGCCCCAGAACUCGCCCUGGCAGUCCCCCUCCGUGUCCCCAAAGGGCUCCACCCUGGCCCUGCCGGGGGAGGGCGUGGCCUCCUGCGGCUCCCCCCGUCACUCCCCCUCCACCUCCCCCCGCACCAGCAUCACGGACGACACCUGGAUGGGGCCGCGGGGCUCCAGACCCAACUCCCCCUGCGGCGCCAAGAGGAAGUACAGCCUGAACGGCAGCGACGCGUCGCACAGGAGCUUCCCGUAUUCCCCCAGCCACUCGCCGGGCCUGUCCCCCCACACCUCGCCCCGCCUCAGCGUGACGGAGGAGAGCUGGCUGCCAAACACCAACCAGUACACCAACUCCGCCAUCCUGGCGGCCAUCAACGCCCUCACCACAGACGGCGUGGCCGACCUCGGCGAGGGAAUCCCCAUAAAGGCCCGGAAGACCAGCCUGGAGCACAGCCCCACGCUCAGCCUGAAGGUGGAGCCUGGAGGCGGGGAGCUGCGUCACGGAGACCUCUGCCAAGACGAACUCUCUGCAAACCGCAUGACCCUGAAGAAGGAAGGCUACUGUGGGAGCUUCCUGGACGUGCCGCAGCACCCGUACACCUGGACCAAGCCCAAGCAGUACAUCAGCCCGUCUCUGCCGGCGCUGGACUGGCAGCUGCCGUCCAGCUCGGGGCCGUACAGCUUGCAGAUCGACGUGCAGCCCAAGUCCCACCACCGGGCCCACUACGAGACGGAGGGCAGCAGGGGAGCGGUGAAGGCGCUGGCCGGAGGACACCCAGUCGUCCAGCUCCACGGCUACAUGGAGAACGAGCCGCUGACCCUGCAGCUGUUCAUCGGCACCGCCGACGACCGGCUGCUCAGGCCUCACGCCUUCUACCAGGUCCACCGGAUCACAGGCAAGACGGUGUCCACGCCGAGCCACGAGAUCCUGCACAACAACACCAAGGUGCUGGAGAUCCCCCUGCUGCCGGAGAACAACAUGCGGGCCAUAAUCGACUGUGCAGGAAUCCUGAAGCUCCGUAACUCCGACAUCGAGCUGAGGAAGGGCGAGACGGACAUCGGGCGGAAGAACACGCGCGUGCGGAUGGUUUUCAGAGUCCACAUGAACCAGCCGAGUGGCAGAACGGUGUCUCUGCAGGUGGCAUCAAACCCCAUCGAGUGCUCUCAGAGGUCGGCCCAGGAGCUGCCGCUGGUGGACAAGCAGAGCCUGGAGACGAGUGCCGCCUCGGGAGGGGAGAGGAUGGUCCUGGACGGACACAACUUCCAGCACGACUCCAAGGUGGUGUUUGUGGAAAAGGCUCAAGAUGGCCACCACAUCUGGGAGACCGAGGCCAAGGUUGAGAGAGACACGUUGAAGCCGAAUUCGCUGCUGGUUGAGAUCCCUCCGUACCGGACCCAGCGACUCUCCACUCCCGUCCACGUCAACUUCUACGUCUGCAACGGCAAGAGGAAAAGGAGUCAGUACCAGCGAUUCGCCUACGUCCCCUCCAACGUCCCGACAAUAAAGACGGAGCCGCACGACGACUACGAUGCCGCCCUGGUGUGUCGCCAACACGCACCCGCCCGGCCUCUGCACCCAAAGCCGUAUUACCCCCCGCAGCUCGUCACCCCCGUGGUGUCUGAUCUCAGGCCGUGCGUUGUGGGCGGGGCUUACGCCGUCGGUCAACAGCGGUUGGUGGCCAAGCCUUCCUCUGGGACCGCCUCCUGCUCUCCGAGCACCAGCCCCAAACUCCACGACCUGUCGCAGUCGCCCUUCUCCAAGUGCCUCCAGCAGCCGGGCCAUCAGUCCCCCGUCCCUCACGUCUCCAUCAUCCAGGAAACUCCAGGACGGUUCCCGCCUCCGGAUCUCUACUCGCCCAGCGGCUCCUCCUCCCCCGCCACCUCGCAGCCGUCCACCCCGACCGACGGCCCCUUCGCCCAGACCCCCGGCGUGGCUCCGGCCCAGACGCUCAGCGGCAGCUCCAGCCCCGGUGCCCAGGAGCUCCCCAAACCGGCGGAGAGGAGCCGGUCCUCGCUGCAAGAGGAUGGCAGCCCGGCGACGGCGGCCGUCAGCAUCAAAGAAGAACCGCAGGAGCUGGACCAGAUGUACCUGGAUGAUGUCAACGAGAUCAUCCGGAACGACCUGUCCAGCAUCUCCGUCCACAGCCACGCGUAGCCGCCGCCGCCGCCGGCGCUGCCGGCACACGUCUGCAGGACGGGAGGAAAGGGAAACCGUCUCUGACGCCACGCCUCACCUGCUGGGCCUGCAGGAGGAAACGCAAGCAGAACAUUUGUACAAAGACUUUCCAGAUUUCCAGGGUCCAACAUGUGCCUUCAGCUUCUGAUGCUGCUCCUCUUCUGGUGGGAGCUGCAGCAUCGCAGGUCCCCGCAGCGAGGGAUGCUCUGACGACCAAAGCUGUUUCUAACUGCAGUGCCUACAGAUGAUGCUGUGUGUGUGCAGCCCCAGCUUUAAGGAGAAAAGUGCCUUUUUAACUGGAAACAAAGAGAAACGUGUUUGAUGCUUUACAUCCUUUUAGCUUCGGUUUGUUCAAAACAAACUGAAAUGUUUCUGUAAUUUUUGGAUCAUUUCUGCCUCAGUUCGGUCUUCUAAACGUCCGCCAGCCUGUGCAUUAAGUUCACUAAGAGCUUCCUUCUCAUGCAGCUUUCUUCCUGUAGCAGCUUGUUUCUGCAGCUCAGGCUGUUUCCUGCUUAUCGGGUCUCUGUUGCUCCCAAAAAAACCACACAACGUAUCCAAGAGACAGUUUAAUCCCAGCACAGACCAGCUUUGGGUCUUCAUUCAGCACCAGAACACGAGCCGUCCAAUCAGGGGGCAGCCUGGGCUGUGCCUGUUUCAUCCAUUCGGGCCGGCAUGGAGCUGUUUUUCUACAUGCUGGCGUCGCCCUCUGCUGCCUGAUAGACAGAAAGCAGCUUUAAGGCCCUGACUUCCUGCUUUAAUCAGUCAUUUCUGCCUUUUAAAGCCCAUUCAGGUCAGCCGCAGGCAGAAAGACAUCAGAUCGAAGCGACUACAACGCAAGGCAGAGAAACAUCCUGGAGGCUGUGUCAUAAAAGGAAACAAAAAUUUCCAUUUAUUUCAAUCAGCAGCUUUAAAACCCUCUUCAAUAAACUCUUCAAUAAAUUCCUACAUAAAUAAGUUUAGUAAAACACAAUCAUUUUGAUACGAGUCAAAUUAAACUUCAGAUGCAAUAAACUUUACAUCUGAGCAGGAGGUUUAAUUAAGGAUAAAUAAUUACAUUUAAGGGCUAGAAUGUAAAAGCUGCAUCAGUAAAGUGGUUAAACACGUCCAGGCUGCAGAAACCUCCAGGAAGUUCAAUCAGGGUUAAAAAGUUGCAAACAGCUGUUUUACAGAUCAUGCUUCAAAAGUUUACUGAAUGUUCAGUAAAUGAGAACAUUCAGUGACUGAACCGGUUCAUUUACUGAACCGGUUCA